AUGAGAGUAUUCGCUUCACUCAGUCUGUUUGCCCUUGCAGCGGCGUCGGCCGGCAAGGGCCGGCCAAGACAGACAGCAGGAGCACCAGUUUUCAACAUUGAUGGGAAGAAUCAAUACUUCGCUGGCACCAACACCUGGUGGAUGAGCCACCUCACUUCAGACGACGAUGUCGAGCAAGCCAUGUCCCAAAUCGCUGACAGUGGGUUGAAAGUCACACGUGUCUGGGCAUUCGGCAACACCAACAGUGGCACUGAUCAGCCUGUCUACUUUCAGUUCCUCGAUACCACCAAGAAGACCAUUAGUAUCAACACUGGAGCCAACGGAAUUGCGCGCCUCGACGCCGCCGUUGCUGCCGCAGAGAAGCACGGCAUUCAGCUGGUACUACCCAUGUUGAAUAAUUGGGAUGACCUGGGCGGCAUUAACACCUACUGUGCUUACUUUGGAUGCACCCACGAGACCUUCUGGACGCACACAGAAGCCCAGCAAGCCUACAAGGACUAUGUCACUUUCAUCGUCAAUCGAUACAAGGACUCCCCAGCUAUCUUCUCGUGGCAGCUCUGCAACGAGCCUCGGUGUCAGAACUGCGAUAGCAGUGUGAUUACUGACUGGGCCACAGAGAUAUCCGGUUUCAUCAAAUCUCUGGACCCAAAACAUCGUGUGUCGUUGGGCGAUGAAGGCUGGCUCUGUUCGAGCGAUACCAGUCUUGGUUAUGCGUACUCUUGCUCCGAGGGUAUUGAUUUCGAAGCCAACCUGAAAAUCUCCACACUUGACUACGGCACAGUGCAUAUGUACCCUAUCGGCUGGGGCUACACGUACCCUUGGGGCAACCAAUGGAUUCGUGACCAUGCAGCGCUGGCACUCAAGUACGGCAAACCUAUCGUUCUGGAAGAAUACGGUGUUGAGAGCACAACCUCGAACCGCACGGCUGUACUGCAGCAGUGGCAACAAACCAUCAUGGACAGCGACAUUGCGUACGAUAGUUUUUGGCAAUUUGGGACGAAUCUUCCCAGUGGCGCGAAUCCUUACGACGACUAUGCGAUUUUCUAUGGCACGCAAGAGUACCAGGACGUGGUGAUUGAUCAUGCUCAGGCUAUAAGCACAAAGGCUGUCUCAACUACUGGCCGUCGCAGAACCCCCUCCCGCCAUUCAAACUAG